AAGAAUUUAUUCAAGCUCAAGACUGCUACUCACAAUAAUGAAAGGUGUUGGAUUCCUUGUAGCAUUAGUCCUGUGGACUUUGGCUUCCAAACUUGCCUCAGCUUCGGAUCCCAGCCCUCUUCAGGAUUUCUGCGUAGCAGUUAAUGAUACUAAAGAUGGUGUUUUUGUUAAUGGAAAGUUGUGCAAGGACCCAAAGCUUGCAGUCCCAGAAGACUUCUUCCUUCCGGGGCUCAACAUUCCAGGAAAUACAUCAAACCAAGUAGGAUCAAUGGUGACUCAAGCCAAUGUUCAACAAAUUCCAGGACUCAACACUCUUGGCAUUUCUCUUGUUCGAAUUGACUAUGCACCUUACGGUGGCCUAAACCCUCCUCACACUCACCCUCGUGCCACUGAAAUUUUAGUUGUUGCGCAAGGCACCCUUUACGUCGGCUUUGUCACAUCCAAUCCUGAGAACCGUCUCUUCACCAAAGUCCUGUACCCGGGAGAUGUCUUCGUGUUCCCUGUUGGUCUCAUUCACUUCCAAUUCAACAUAGGCCACACAAAUGCAGUUGCCUUUGCUGCUCUCAGUAGCCAAAACCCAGGCGUUAUCACCGUUGCAAAUGCAGUGUUCGGCUCUCACCCGCCCAUCAAUCCCGAUCUUCUUUCCAAAGCCUUCCAGCUGGAUAACAAUAUUGUUAAGCAACUUCAGUCCCGUUUCUGGUGGGAUAACAACUAGAGCAAUAUUUCUAUAUUCCAUCAAACUUAUGUACUAGCUAAAUAAUUAUUUUCUGGAUAAUGUUUGACUUGUUUC